AAAUAAAUGGAAUAGCAUAUGACUUGGCUUCUUCUGCUCCUACUACUAUUGCAGGAAAUUCUCGUCUUAAUUUAUUAUGGAAAGAGUUGCGUAGCUUAGAAGCUAAUUAUCUCAUUACUGAGGCAACGAAAAUAUCUUUUAUUACUGAAGAAGCAAAUCAGAUUCAAGCAAGAAAGUGUAUACUUCGUGGAAUUAAUAGUUACAAUUGUCCCGAGUUCUUUUACCUGGAAAAGGUUCAAGAAAGACUUAACAAAUAUAAUAUUACCAAGUCUCCUUCAAUGCAAAAUCUAAUAGACGUAAUAAUAAUGCUAUGUAUGCAAUCGGCAGAUGUAAAAAAUCUUCGUAUCAACCGAUACAAACCAAGUCGUGAGUCAUGGUAUAAUUCUAACUAUUCUUGGUACUGUAUUGGUUAUGCAAAAAAUAAAGGUGAGAGAUCAAUACUAGAUAAAUUUCCCUUCUUGUUAAAAGAUAAGAAUGGGAAUACUAAUGUUGCACCUCUUAAUCAAUUCUUAAGUCGCUAUAGAAUUACCUCAUAUAUAUUAAGAAAAAUAGGUGCCGAUCAUGCUUCCAGAGUACAUGGAGGUAGGAAUAAUUCCCACCGUCAAUAUUUAUGGCAAUUGGCAUGUAGACAUAAAAUAGGUCAUGCUUUAUCAGUUGAACAUUAUGGU